AGUAUGGAACUCUUUCUCUUCUCUCUCUUCUCUCUCCUCUUUUUGUUUCUCUCUCCGAUAUCGUCGGAGGAGGACGGUGGUGCUGACGACGCCUUAAUCCGCCAGGUGGUUGGUGACGGCGACGGCGACGGCGACGCGCAUUUGUUGGGAGCGGAGCAUCACUUCGCCGCCUUCAAGCGGAGAUUCGGGAAGGUGUAUUCUACGCUGGAGGAGCACGAUUACAGGUUCGCGGUGUUCAAGGCUAAUAUGCACCGCGCGAGAAGACACCAGAGGAUGGACCCUUCGGCCGUUCAUGGCGUCACGCGGUUCUCUGACAUGACGGAAUCUGAGUUCAGGAAGAACGUUUUGGGGCUGAGAGGGGUUAGGUUGCCAUCUGAUGCAAACAAAGCUCCUAUUCUGCCAACCGCAGAUCUUCCCUCCGAUUUUGAUUGGAGAGAUCAUGGAGCUGUUACCCCUGUCAAAAAUCAGGGUUCUUGUGGAUCGUGUUGGAGUUUCAGCGCAACUGGGGCACUGGAAGGUGCUCAUUAUCUAGCUACCGGGGAACUUGUUAGUCUCAGUGAACAGCAGCUAGUUGAUUGCGAUCAUGAGUGCGACCCAGAUCAACCAGGUUCUUGUGACAAAGGGUGCAAUGGUGGAUUGAUGAACAGCGCUUUUGAAUACAUCCUUAAAUCCGGUGGGAUCAUGAGAGAGGAAGACUAUCCUUAUAAGGGUAGUGAUCGUGGAACCUGCAAAUUCAACAAGACAAUGAUAGCAGCAUCAGUAGCAAACUUCAGUGUAGUUUCACUUGAUGAAGACCAGAUUGCUGCCAAUCUUGUCAAAAAUGGCCCUCUUGCAGUGGCUAUAAAUGCUGUAUUUAUGCAGACAUAUAUUGGAGGGGUUUCAUGCCCGUACAUAUGCUCAAAGAGGUUGGAUCAUGGGGUGUUACUGGUGGGAUAUGGCUCUGGAGGCUAUUCUCUGAUUCGGAUGAAGGAGAAACCAUAUUGGAUCAUCAAGAAUUCAUGGGGAGAAAAUUGGGGAGAAAAUGGAUACUACAAGAUUUGCCGUGGACGGAAUAUCUGUGGGGUGGACUCCUUGGUUUCAACUGUGGCAGCUGUUCAUACCACUGCUCAUUAGGAUGUUAACCUUGUCAUUUGUCUGUACAUAAGCUCUGGUCUUUAUUUGCUGUUUCUUUGUUUCAGCCUUAGGACAUGCAUCAUUGCCCGCAUUUUAAAGUGGUGCUAGAAGUGCUAUUUACUUUUUAAGAUGUGCAAUCUGAUAAACAGUUUCUGGAAAACUCUUUCAUGAACAAUUAAUUGGAUACUUAUUUUCUUUUGUAAUGACAAAUUGCAAAUUAACAACGGGGUUUUGUGCUUCA